GGGUUUGAUCACAUAGCGCCCCGCGUAGAUGACAGAAACCUUGCAGACAGGAGUCGUGGCCAAUGAAAAUGCUUUUUGAAGGCGACAUGACAUGCGCAUUAUACACUGUUGAUGACUUCGCUAGCUGUUUCGACCGAGCUUUGAAACAGGAUCGCUAAAAUAUAUUAAACAGUCUCCUUCGUUAGACACGACCAUGCUACAGUUUUUGGCUGGGUUUACCUUGGGAAACGUUGUUGGGAUGUACCUCGCUCAAAACUACGAGGUCCCCAACAUUUCCAAAAAGAUAGAAGCCUUCAAAAAGGAUGUGGAGGCAAAGAAGAAACCUCCAGCAGAGUGAAGAAGAGAUUGCUCAACAACAUGGAAAGAAAGAACUGGACAGAUUUGAAGAGGUGGGGGACUAUUGGAACAACAAGAUGCACACUGCAGAGGAUAUAUACCAAAUGUUAAUCUCAUUUAAUAUUUUUUUAUCAAAAGCAGUAUGUAUACUAAGGUUACACUGGCAGAGGAAUAAAUGGUAAAAAUGUAUUCUCUAAGCAGGGUUUUCACAGUGCCUGGACUGGGCCAGUGUUCUUUUUGUUGUUUUGUUUUCUUAAAGUAAUUGGCUACUUGUCAAGAUAAUGUUAUGAUGGUGCUAUUUAUGAGUGUAUAUGCAAAGAUGACUAACUGCUGUGGGACAACAUCUACACUUCAGAAACCUUGGCCUUAUCCUUGCAAGAAGCUGGGCAGGGCAGGCCUUAGCGUUCAUGUCUAAACAUGGCAUUUUUACCACAUGCGCUUGUCAUUUUUGACAACUAAACAGAGUGCAGUUACUGCUUUUGAGUGAUGUUAUCAUAUAAAUAGAAUUGAAUUGCGAGGCCUGUUCUAUGGAUUGUAUUUCUGUGGGUGUUAUGGUAUUGAGAAUGAGUAGCUCAUGUAAAUGGCAUUGUUUGCAAUUCUAAUCUAAAUGCUGGUCUCUAACAUUGUAGGCCUCACUCAGAUGUUAAUACAUUUGCUGAAUUUGGUUCUGUCAUAAAUUGAAAAUAGGUGUUACAUCACAUAAGAUACUGUUGUCUAGCAAGGGACCGAUCUCAAUACUUCCUCACCAUCCAGUAAAAUAGAUUAUUUUGUAGGGCAGUUAUUCUAGCUCGCCAUGUUUUAUUCUUAACAUCCAUUAUCCAGAGAAGCAUUCUUUUCACGCGUCACAGAAAUCUUUCCUGGGAGCAUCUGGGUAUGGUGUGCCAGUAGGCCAGCAGAGGUCAAUGUAUUCCCAUGUUUUCUUUCCACUGUUCUCUGUAAAUGAAAACCAAUCCACCA